GAGAAAUGGAGCGAAGUUCCCGCCAUUCCACCAGCAGAAAACGCUCCCUAAAAUUUAAAUCCAAUCCCGAUUUGGUUUUCCAUUACUGUCUUCCUUUUCAGCUUCUCUGAUUUCCACUUUUGUUUCUCUCCUUUCCCCGAUAUUCGCUUGCCCUAAUUUGCUUUCGAAGCGUACGUAAGUAUCUCAUCUGAUCACAAUUGCUUCCGGAAUGUUUCGGAGCUCCAGAUCCGACUUCAUGCUUGACUUUGCGGCACGUAAAUACAAGAAACCUAGAAGGUAUCAGAUACCAAGAAUCUAAUCUGCCUACCGAGCAAGCUGGUCGGUACAUUUGCAAAUGGAAUUCUUCCUAUCCUUUUCCCCCAGAUCUAAUAUGCAAGGAAGCAGGUAUGGAAGUUGAAUUUCUGCACACUAGAAGCCUUUGCUGUUAUAUGCAGUCUCCUUUUGAUUUUCUUUUUUAUCAUCGUUAUAUGGUUUGAGAAAUGGAGCAUGAAGAAUGUCGAGUGCCUAGUAUUCUUCUACUUUGUUUUUUUCCCCCUUAUAUCCCUGCAGCCAGUGCAAGGUCAUUCUAUUCUUCCUCUAUAAAGUGAGUUGAACAAUGGUUGCACUUUUCCAUUUUUCUGCUUUAUAGUUUUGAUAGGGUAUAGUUUAGUGAACCAUGUUUGACACCAGUAGUUGCUAAAGGAAUUUCCUAGCUAGGAGGCUUUUGGAGAAGUGGAAUGGGGAUGCAAACCUUAUUGGUUGAGAGUGACUUAUGACAAUGAGAAAAGCAUCUGUAUCCAAAGUGGUCUUUAAGGUACAUCAUCCUGCUGAUAUUUGGAAUCCUUAUCUCUUCAAAUCCUGAUAUCUAAAAGUAAUAUGCCCAUAGAUUCUUCUCUUCUUCUUUUUUCACUCUUGUGGAGGGUGCUCCAGGACCUCAUUUCGACUUUUUAGUUAAUGUCAUAAGGAGUAUUUGCAACCUAAAACUACAAGCUUACACUCAUACUAGAGUCAGUUUACCAGAGAACUCCAUCCUCCUGGAGUGAAAGAAAUGCACUAGUUACACAUAUCAGCCGGCUUUUUGGAGGUUUGAGCGCUCCGCAAUUCGUUUAAAAUUUAAAUAUAAUGGUUUGGGAGAUGUGCCACAUCACACAAUAAUUUUAUUUUUUCAUUUUUAAAAUUUGUUUGACUUUUUCUCCACUAUUAAAUUCAAAUUGUAAAUUCUAAGGAAUUGUGGAGCCCCAAAUCCUUUGUGAGAACCACUCAUAAAAGGAAUCUUGGUAGAAAAAGAGAAAUAAACAUUUUGGAAACAAGAGGCAUCUAUAUCCCAAAUGUUAAGAUGGAUGAGAAAUAUUCAUAUGGAUCAUGUGGGGCCCACGAUUUCAUAUGAAGUGUGCAUGCGAGGGUUCCCUAAAGAUGAGAAUAUCGAUGUAUGCGGUCCAUAUGCAUAUUAAUUGGUUUUGUAGGUCAUCAUAUAUUUCACUUAUGGGCUGGACAGAGUCCUGAUCCUCUGUUGUGUAAAAGCUUAAAAGGACAAGGAACUCUUAGAGUCUGAGUAUCUCUGACUCUUAGGUGACAAUAGUUUUGUCAUAAAGAUAAUCACAUAAUUGCCAUGAUGUGAUUGUGUGAGUUAGUGAUAUGCGUUCUCAGAGCAAUUGCAAUUGUAUAAUUUUAUUGGAGCCAACAAAAUAUAUUAGGAAAUGUGUUUUAUUGAUGUGAUUGGGUUAACAAAAUAUAUUGAUAUAAUGAUAUAAAUUUGAUGACUUGAUUUUUAUGUAAUAGAGGUGGGGCACAGCAUUGAUUUUUAUAUAAAAUGUGUGUGUAUAUGUUGAAGUGGAUCUCAUUUUGGACAAGAUGAGCCAACAUAGGGCUAGUCAAACACCAUUAUCCCAUGCUUGAUCCAUUAGAAUCGAGACAAUAAAAAAACAUUAUUGUGUUACAAUUUAAGUUCAUGGACCAAUAAUUUUUUAAUAUCUAGAAUGCAUGCACAUCUAAAUCUUAACCAUUGCAUUUGCUCUCAGUGCUACCGUCUAGCCAAUGGCCACCGUAGGUGAUCGUAGAAAUACAAUCUGAGACUGAGACCUCAUCCAGCUUUUGUUAAAAAAAGCAGCCCACUGGGCCGUUUUAUUGAGCCCAGUCAUCCUCAAAUCUGUUUUCCUAACACUCUGCAAGCCCGUGAAACGGCCCAGUAGCCCAUGAGCUAGUGGCCUCCAUAAAACUUUGAAUUUCAAUUACGCAAGCACUACACGCAACACUUCUUAUUUUCUGUUAAACGCAGUUAAUACUUAAUUAGUGGCAUUAAAUACCCGUCUCAUGCGCGAGUAAUUAGCGUUGUAUAUUUUUAGAAAUUAAAAUGAAAAAUCACAAUCCAAAUUGGGGUUUUGAGAAAUGGCGACGGAGUCAUCAGAAGGAGAAGAUGAGGGGAAGAUAACCGGAGGGAACCGGCAUCUGAUUGUGGACGACGAUCUUAGAGAGAUGGGCAAGAAGGCUGCUUGGAGUGUCAGUUCCUGCAAGCCCGGCAAUGGCGUCUCUUCUCUCCGUGACGAAAAUCUCGACACAUAUUGGCAAUCAGACGGUGCACAGCCUCAUUUGGUGAAUGUUCAGUUCCAGAAGAAAGUGAAGCUGCAGUUGGUUGUUCUAUAUGUGGAUUUCAAGCUUGAUGAGAGCUACACACCAAGUAAAAUAUCGAUUCGAGCUGGUGAUGGAUUUCACAACUUGAAGGAGAUUAAAACAGUGGAGCUUGUCAAGCCAACUGGUUGGAUUUAUAUAUCAUUAUCUGGAAAUGAUCCUCGGGAAACUUUUGUCAACACCUUUAUGUUGCAAAUCAUUGUGCUGUCGAAUCACCUAAAUGGGAGGGAUACUCAUGUCCGCCAGAUUAAAGUUUAUGGGCCUCGACCAAACCCUAUGCCGCACCAGCCAUUUCAGUUUACUUCUCAAGAAUUUAUUACUUAUUCUUCCAUGAGAUGAUGAUGUAACCCCAUAGACGAGAGAGACAGCAUGUCAUACUGGAGAGGAUUAUGGCAUAUAGUUUAGAGCAACCAGAUCAUUCAAGGAUCAUGAAGAGGUUUCCUAAUUCUGGACAUGUAAAAUCUGUAGCAUUGGUAUGUUCCUAUUUCUCCGGGAACUCAAGUCUACAAAUUAUUAAAAAAAAAAUGUUAUUAUAUGUUUCCUUAUGUUUGCGAGGACAAGCAUGCAAAUGGGGCCAUUUCCUGAUUUUACUCUUCCUAAUCGCAUUUUCUUUGCUUCAGAGAUUUACAUUUGCAAGUGAGAAUCUACACAAUUCGCACUGCAAUAUGGUCUGAUGUUCUGGGGUGAUCUUGCUUUGGUAUGUACCUCUUUUAUUUUAUAAAUUGCUUUGCAAAGUACUUGCCCUUAGCCCCAUCUAGUCAUAUAGGUACCUUAAUUGUUUCUGCAAUGUGUUGUGCUUACAUUAUUUCAAAGAGACUUGUGUAAGUUUAUUUCGAAGGAAUUAAGAUUAAGAAACCUGUUGUUCGA